UUACAGGGCUGCACUCACACUUCAACGUAUGAACCCACCAUUACACUGCUUUCACAAUUCGCUCCGAUGCUCAACUUGCCUGUUUGUGAUCCUACACAGAGCUGCGCAUUCCCAAUGAAUGUCAUCUCUUUGCUACCAUACAUGCUGCUGCACUACGAGGAUGCAAAUGAGAUUUGUAUACGCAGUGCGGAGAAUAUUGCACAGGUGUCAUCAGAAUUGGGCGCCAAGUUGGAAAAUCUUGGCACUGUGAUGACACUCUACAGCCGAAAGACAUUUUGCAAGGAGUCUUUCCAGUGGACUAAAUGUGUAGUGAAAUAUCUUCAUGAUACCUACGCACAUAUGGGACUGCAUAUGUUAGCCUUCCUGAUUGAGGUGCUGGAGAAGGGUCCACAACAAAUACAGGUGCCCGUUUUGAAUGUGAUACAUUGUAUGCUGCACUAUGUGGAUUUAUCCGCACCACAAGCACAGACGAUUAAUAGUGAUUUGUUGCGCGCUAUCGGCAAAUAUUUGGAUACGGUCAAUUGGAAGGAUGCAUUGAAGAUACUCAAAUUAAUUGUCACGCGUAGCUCGUCGCUUCAAGUGGUGCCGCCAAGUGAAGGUUGUAGCGCCGGUUUAUCGUUCUCCUUCUAUGGCACAUAUCCGGAUUCGGAUAUGUUCUGUAAAAAGGAACUUGCUGGUCGCACAAUGGAGUUCACCUUCGACGUCUCGCAGACACCACUCAUCGGACGUCGCAUUCUGCUAAAGACCGAUGAUAAUCCCACUAUAAUUGGCGGCACAAAUUCAUCGAAUGCCUCAACGAACACCACAGUGACAACCGCCAGCAGCGCAACAGUUUUAAAUAACGUUGUGGGGAGUGUGGCUUCUGCUGUUGGCGCCCAAUCUCGUAACGCUGGUGGUAUGGGUGGCACAGAUCAGGGUAAUUAUAAUACUACAUCCGCUGGGACGCACUUGCAGCAUAAUAACAACGGCGUCAUUGGCACUCCGAAUUCACCACGGCGAAGCGCAAGCCUAUCACCAGCCGACUCGGCCUCACUCAGUGGCUGGAAGCGUCCAUGGAUGUCCCAGGGAAGAGUGCGCGAGUGUCUGGUGAAUUUGUUGACCACCUGUGGUCAGCGUGUAGGAUUACCGAAAUCUCCAUCGGAUGAUUUCAUGAACUCUAUUUGCUCAAAGGUACGAGUAUGAACCUCUUCUAAAUAUUUAAAUUAGCUUUACACAAAUUAG